AGAUCAGAGUAAUAAACCAUCUGAUUCAUGAUUUAUUGUCUGCCCCUCAAACCCAACACUGUCUACUACUGAAGUCUCUCUGUCUCUGCUUCUUGGGUUUGUUUUUUUUUCUAGCUCCUCUUCUCUCUUCUACACUCUGAAGCGAAAAUCUCCGUGCAAAUCAACGAGGAAAACUCGCAGGCGGCCGGCGGCGACGAGGCAGAUGCAACCGGCACCUGGCGAAAGUGGAGGAGAAGUGACUCGCGGAGGUGGAGGAGGACUCGGCCGGUUCUGCUCGGCCCCGGCGUCAUGGUUGGAAGCGCUGCUUGAUGACGAAGAAGAGGACCCUUUGAAGCCCACCCAAUGCCUCACCGACCUUCUUGCCGAUAACUGCGAGGGGCCCGGUUCGACGGCAGUGGGGUUCGGUUCGGAUACGACGGCGGAUCCAGCUGCGGCGUUUCUGAGGCAGAACAGCUCUCCGGCCGACUUUGUCGGGAAUUCGAGUGAUGGGUCCGAAGGGUAUUUCUCCGGCUUCGGGAUUCCGGCCAGCCUCGACUAUGCCUCGAACCCGAAUUUCAGUAAUGUUUCUUCUUCUUCGGCUGAUAAGCGGGUUAGGGAUGUGAAAAUGGAGGAAGGUGGAUUCGAGGAGUCAGGGACUCUAAGGGUUAGGGCAAAGCGAGGUUGUGCUACUCAUCCAAGGAGUAUCGCUGAAAGGGUCAGGAGGACUCGAAUUAGUGACCGGAUAAGGAAGCUUCAGGAGCUUGUACCCAACAUGGAUAAGCAAACUAAUACCGCAGAUAUGUUAGAUGAGGCAGUGGAGUAUGUGAAGUUUCUUCAGAAGCAGAUUCAGGAACUCUCAGAGCAUCAGCGCAGGUGCAAAUGCUUCGCUAAAGAAUAACUAGAGAUCUUGGGUAGAGAGCAUCGGUAGUAUUUUUCAUAGAAUUUUGGUUUUGUCUGGGUAGCGGAACACAAGGUCAUUCCUUGCUUGCCAAAUUUGUCUGCAUGAGAGAAAAGCUGUAGACAGAAUAUCUGAGGGGAAGACAUUGAGAUUCCCUUGGUGGCAUCAUUAAGCUAGAAUUGAUGGCAGAUGAGCGGUUUUCGGUGCAUCUUCAUACUUAUAUGGCAAAGAGGAAAAGUUUGAAUAUGACAGUGCUCCUAGUACGUCAGUUUCUUAAUCAAAGCUUUCCUUCCGUUGCUUGACAUUAUAUGGUUCAAGUUGGAGGUUUUGUAAGAACAAAAUAGAACAUAUUAACUGAAGAAUGACUGGACAAAUUGUUUUUGUGAUGUAAAUUUGGCCUCACCUAAGCUAAAUUAGGUUGGCAUUUUGUUUAGGCUUCUAGGGUGAGCCUCAAAACAUAGGAUUGGGGUUUGAUGGCAAACCUAUACCUUGUUGUUGGUGUUGAAACACGAAGUACAUUAAAUAGAAUGGUAAGAGGUUCUCUAUUGCUUAUGGUUGAAAAUUGAAGGAAGCAAAUGAAAAACGCGGACCUAAAAGGCUCAAAAUGGUGACAAUCAAACACUCUUCACACGCAACAUUGAUGCUUCUGUUUUGCAGUGACUGUUCGAGUUUAUUGUUAGAGUUGAAGUCUUCCUGCACCUAGGGGGUACUGAAAUUUCAUUGAUGAAGCAUUAGGUGCGCUAUCCAUUAUGCUCUACUUUGUAGAAAAGGCUUUUUGAGUUUCCCGAUCAGUAUCUCGGUAACCAUCAAUGGCAUCAUCACCUCACUGAAUUUCCUUUUGAAACGACUGUUUGAAGUGCAUGGCAGCAUAAUGCCAAAAUGUGUUCUUCCGAAUACACGCAAACCAAUCUUUGGUGUAUAGCAUUGAUUGACCUAGUGGGAUAACGCCGAUAACCUAUGGUAAAUUCGAGCCUUUGUUUUUGUUGUAUCUCGUAGCUGUUACUGUAAACUUUUCCCUGCAUUUUUAUGCAUCUAUUGAUUCUAUUCCAUAUUUCUGCAUCUGAAAGUACAUCAAACCGCAGAUUGCUCCAUCCAAUGCUCACAAAGAAACCACCAGUCACUAUUACCCUGUCAGAACACUAGUAGUCCACACCUAAAGCUAGAUUGGGGUUUUAAGCUUCAAAAUCUAGAAUUGGGGUUUGGGGGUAAACUUAUACCAUUAAAGUUUGGCAUGUAGUAGGUUGUGGUUGAAAACGCUGUACUCGUUAGAGGAAAUGGAUGCUUUGUUUGUUGAGUAAUGCAAUGUCGUGAUUGUAAUCUA